AUGACUGAAUUGAUGGGUGACCAAGAAGAUAAUAAUCGUGCCUCAGAAGACCCAGAACCAAUCCCAAUUAAUGGGGUGAAAGAGGAUGAGUCACAAGACCUGGAUGGAGAAGAGAAGGCUUCACAGGAUGCGGAGGCCGCAGUUCCAUCUCCACCGCUGUCAUUCCCAGGUGCUCUGAAAGAAAGCCAAGGGGGCAGCCGUGCCCAGCAGGCCCCGGCUUCAAAGAAGUCCUGUUGGCUGAACCCUCCCUCUCCCCUAAGGCUGGCUGAUGUAACUGACCACAUUUCUGAUGACUCCUCCUCUGUACACGCCAUUUCACUCACAUCAUGCGUCUCCAAGGGCAUGAGCACCUGGUCCCUGCCCGGAGACUGUGAGAAGGCUCCAUUCAACAUUAUGGAACCUGGGAGCAUCUCAGCCCUCACCGGUGACUGCUUGAUGCAGCCGAGCCGGACCUGCCUGGGCUACUUUAUCGAAUCAAAGGAUGGCAUUGAUUCAGAGCCAGGAAUAAGCCUGAAAGUGGGUGAUAUAAAUAGGGAUUAUGACACCUGUUCAGUCUCUGAUAUAGGGAUUCAUUGCAUGAGCACAGGGGAAACCAUGAGAUAUGGGGAUCAACUGCUUUCAGACCAACUCUUAAGCUUCCCUGCGCAUAAAUCAAGGGCAGCAGACAAAAGAGAUGCAGAGAAAUCUGACAGCGAUUCAGAGGACCCCACUCAGAAAAAUUACUAUGAGGGAUUACUCUUAGACAAGUGCAAUGGCGAGGAACCUUUACUAACAAAUCCCAGCCAGGAGUGGGGUUAUUUUGAAUCUUUCAUCAGUGAAAGCAAAAUUGAGCUGCUUGACCUUUGCUCCAAAAAUGAGCUUUCUGUGAACCUGUUUUCUGAGGAAGAUGUGGAUAAUUACAUGUUUGAUGAUGACUCAAACUUGGGAAGUGACGUCUGCUCCUUAAAAAUUCGGUAUGAGUCCUUCCAAGACAGUGUGAAGGAGAAGGCAGGUUCUCUGCAGGACGAUGCCCAGCUUAAUUUCUUCCCAAAUGUGCUCAGUGGAUGCCCUAAAAAGGAAGGCCGAAUCGCCUUGAAGAGGGGGCCUCGAGGGACCACUGAUACUUCCCAGUUCAAAUCUGAGGAGAGCAUCAUUUGGGGGGAAGAGGAGACAGAUGGAGGAAGGGAGGAUGACGACGAGGAGAGUGAGAAAGUUGCCUUAAACAAAUCUUGCACCAGUACAGAGGUUGUACAGUACAUUUCUCCCAAAAGAAACCACUUCUUGGAACUUGUUAAUUCCACAGAGGAUCCCGGGGACUUCAGUGAUGACAGCACCUGUACUGAAUCUUCUUUUGAUGUUCUCCAAAACCUUAAGGACUGCAAUAAGUACCUGCCAAGAGACCACUCCAGUUCCUUCAUACAACAGAACUAUGGCCUGCGAGCAAAGAGGAAAGUGCGAUACAGCGACGAUUACCUAUAUGAUGUGGAUUCCAUUGAGAGCGAGAAGAUUGUGGAUAAGAAGGAGGAGCAACCAGAUGGACCCAAGGAGGAGGAUGAUGAUGAAUGGUGCCCGAAGAAAAGGAGAAAAGUUUCUCGCAAGGAGCCCCCAGUCAUCAUAAAAUACAUCAUUACCAACCGUUUUAAAGGGCAAAAGCAAAUGCUUAUCAAGCUUUCCAAAGUGGAUCCCAGCGAAAUUACAGUGACCCUGGAUGAAGAACGGUUGAAAAAAUAUGCCAAGAUGGCCCCCUUGAAGAGCUUUUGGCAGGAGAAGUGGCAGGACCAACUGAAAUCAGAACUUCAGAGCAAACAAGGUUUAUAUCUCAACGGCUCUGAGAUCUCCUCCUUGCCUCACCCACGGAAGCGAAAAGGCAAAUUGGCCAAUAGGCACAGGAUUCAGAGAAUCAAAGCCAUUGAACAACCCAUGGCCAAGCCCAGCUCUUGUUCUUCAGACCCAAGGCAGGUUUGCCGCAGAAUCGGAGAUAGUGAUGCAGGCCCGAGAGGGAUGCAGACCCUGGCUGUUGCAACACCCAGCUGUGCAAACGGCUUGCAGCUGAAUGACAUCACAAGCCUUGCCUCACCAAAGGAAUUCAAGGGGCCUGAGAGGAAAGUGUUGCGCAGGAUCAAGUUCAAAAGCGAAGCCAGGCUGAAAUGCAAGCAGAUUAAGGCCAGCCUGGCAGAGGCCUCCCCAGCCUUGGAGAACCAGGAGCCUCUUGCAAUGGAUGAAAGCGGUCCUUGCCCUGCAGAUGGCUCUCGCCUUACCGAGCACAAGGAGGAUAAGGUUGCUAAAAAUCCUCCGGCUUUCCUAGCUACCGCCUGCUCUUCAGACAAGGCCCUUACAUCUGCUAAUCUUGCUGCCAGUGUGCCCCUCAUCCCUGGAGGGUACCUGCAGACAUUGUUAGAUGCCUCUGAUUUGUCAAGCAACACUGGGAUCUCUUACUUCAGUCAUCAACAGUCAAAGCAGCAGCAGGAGGAGCCCCUCCCUGGCCUUGUUCAAGCAGAGAAGCCAUUCUGCACUCUGCAACCUGCCCAGAGCUGUGUCCUGUCCCCACCAGAGUCAGAGCUGCAGCAGUCACCGAGCCACUUGGAGAUGGAGCCCAGCAGCUUCGGAGGCCUCUGGCCAGCAAGCAAAGCAUCCAGUGGCAGCAGCCAGGAAUUUCCAAGUGAUUUGCGGGAGGCUCCUGCACAAUCAGCGGCAGAGUUCGGGAGCUGUGCAGGUGCAGAUGGCCCUCCAGCCUCUGGAUACAGUCACGUUAGCCUGAAUAGUAGCAAACUGCCAUACCAAAAAAAGUACAUGUCAGAUAGCCAGCAGUCGCAGUCAGAGGAAUCUUUCCAGUCAUGUCAUUUCAAUAAUAGAGAGGGGCACUUUCAGUUCCAGCAAGGUGCGCUAAGCACAGAUGACGGGAGGCUGAUUAGCUUUGAUUCAGUGGGCUCUUUGUCGGUUAGUUCCAGCAACUUCAGUUCCCUAAGUUUAAAGUCCUGUGAAAAGGAUGGUGAAGAUGACAUUGCAGAUGAUUUCUUGGCCCACUGCAGCCCCAAACUAGUGAUUCAGCAAAGCAUAGAUGAAAUAACACCUUUGAAGGAGUCUACGGACCUUUUGGAUAUCUCCAACUUCACUCCUGACAAGUUCCGCCAAUCAUCCCUUUCAGAAAUGUCUCCCCCAGAUACCCCUAAUCUUUCCCCGCAGAUAACUGGGUCGGAAGUCAAACCACUGGGAACAAUGAAAUGUUUUCCUGAGAGCUCCCAGGCUGUGCUGAAUAACCCUGAGAAAGUCAAGUGGGGAUGUGGGGUCCUCCAGACGCACCAAGAUCAGGCUGAUAAUGGAUUUACUUUAAAUAAUCACCAAUUCCAGUUCCAUAUGUUUAAUGACGAAGAUUCUGUUGGCCUUCUUGAAAAGGGCCCGUGCCUGUCAACAUUUGAUGAGCCAUCUGGCCAAAUUAACAGCAACAGUAAAGUGUCAAAACCGAAAAGGAAAGGUUCAUCCAAUAAAAAUAUGGGUGCAACCCCAAAUGCUCCACAGAAAAAUGUACGGAAAAAAGCACCCAAAGCCAGCAAAGGGGCAGAGAAGGGGCAAAGCAGAAAUUCUAGACAGCCUCCCAAAUCAACAAGGAAAGGGAAGAAUGUGGCUGGAGCUCAUGAUGAAAAGGUUUCAAGCAUUGGUGGGAGAGCAGCAGCUCCACUGAACUCAGCCACAGCGACAAAAGCGUUGGUGGAAUCCAUCCACCAUGGUGGCCCGUCCUCUAUCCAGAUAGGGAAGUCUAACGGGCUCCCUGGGGAAUGGGCCCUGGGGAAGGACAACAGCGGAGGCUGGUCUGAAGCAAGCCUAGGUAAUGCUAACAGCCUCCUCAAUGAUGAUCAAAGGGAAUUUGAGGAGCCGUCCAACAUUUUGUCAAACAUAGCAUCUGGAAUGGCAGAUGUUCAGAGAUUCAUGAAGGUCUCUAUUGAGCCACUGUGGGGGCCCGUUUCUCAUAACAAUGCCUCUGAUGUAUUCCAGCCCCCUGAAUCAAACAGCCUGAAAUUGAAAACUCUUAAGAUCCUGGCUGGCACAUCACAAGAGUCCAAGAAAAAGGUAAAUGGUGGUUCUUCUGCAACGGGAAAGAGUCACAAGCCAGGGAACAAGGGUUUGAACAAAGCCAGCGGCCGAGCUGCCUCCUGUGAUCCUGGACGUCCCAACUGUUCAGCUGGGUACUCCCCAGAUGUUCACUCUCCCUUUUUUGAUAAAAGCUAUAGUAACCUGAGCACUUUAGCCAAAAACGAGCCCACCCAUAAAAAGCUGUAUCGGCAUAAAUCCACUUCUAAGUCACUGAGAGAUGACAACUGUAAAGCAAAGCAAGCGGAGCGUGAGCAGGUCCGUAAGGACCCGUCUGCAACAGCUUCAUUUGAGAAACUGAGGUAA